CCCCACGGUACGUUCAGGGUGUUACAUUAUAGUGACGACUUCCUCCGGCGGAAAAAAAACAGUUGCUGAUCCUGACAAUGAGUUUAUUUUUACACAAAUUGAGCUGCAAAAAGGACAUAGAUGACGUUGUCAAGACAGUAGCGGAAAAGGUGGUUGUUUUGAGGUUUGGGAGGGAUGAAGACUCGGUUUGUCUACAGCUUGAUGAAAUUCUGUCAAAAACGGCACAUGACCUAAGUAACAUGGCGUCCAUCUACAUCGUCGAUGUGGAUAAAGCGCCUAUAUACACCAGAUACUUUGAUAUCAGUUACAUCCCAUCAACUGUGUUCUUUUUCAACGGGCAGCACAUGAAAGUGGACUAUGGCUCACCAGAUCACACCAAGUUUGUUGGCAGCUUCAAAACCAAACAGGAUUUCAUGGAUCUUAUUGAGGUUAUAUACAGAGGAGCCAUGCGGGGGAAAAUGAUUGUCCAGAGUCCCAUCGAUCCCAAAAAUAUCCCCAAAUAUGACCUCCUGUACCAUGGGAUUUAAGCUCAAUAGCUACACUGUGCGAGAUAUGUCAACAACCGUUGUUUCACUCUUAGCAACUAGAUGCUGUUUGUUCCAACUCGCACAAGACUCGUGCAGUAAACCUUGUCUGGAAGAGAAACUUAUAUUUCAUAAGUAUCUUCAAUCAGAUCGAUGGGGACGAAUAUCAGAACUCGUAUGCACUGUAUAUACAUUUUUGAUCAUGUUGAGUGUUGUGAUGAUUCCUUGCAGUUGGGUUUAAUGGUAAAUGUGCUGUUAUCUAAUACAAAGGUAAUUUUGCAAUAAAAUU